GCCAUCUAUUCGUUCAGUAUCUGACUACCCUCUAAAGACUUCUGUACUCGCGAUCGUAUUACUAGAUUAUUACGAUAUUUCGUGUGACAAUUUAAUUUAAUGCAUCAUAUUAUAACAGAGUGACUAGUGUAUGUUUUAGAACAAGUGUAAUAAGAAUGGACAGAAUAUUAAGAAAAAUGAAUGUAAUGUGGCGAUGACAAGUCUGAUCUUGGAAAACACAGAUUUGAACCGACUUUUUCCGAAAUGUCGGCCUAGGGGUGGCCCACCCCCGAGUCCGGGGGCCUCUACACAGAUUAGUCAGCCGCAUGAGAGCCUCUGUCAAAAAGAGGCCGUUUCUAUUACCACCAGCCUCACAAAUAUUUCCGCAACGAACACUCUUACGACUACUACCCUUGCUUCCAAGAACAUACCUUCAAAGCAUUCACAUUCGAUAUUGGAAGACAUGAUCGACCUCGAGCGUGAUAUCUCCGAUAGGACAACGAGCAUGGUAUCUGGUUUUACAAGUGAAAGUCAACUAACUGUUGGUGUCAGUGGUAACACAAGCAAUGUUGGCGGUCCACUUGGAACAUUUAACUCACUUGGUACAUUUAACACAAAACCACUUUCUUCAAGUUCCUCAUCUGCCUCUGGACAUAGUGAGGAUGCGCAACAAUAUGGUAGUCUCCCAGGUAGUGAUCAUCAAAGUCACUCUCAGCAAGAUGAUAGUGGGCCUGAGGAAAGUCCUGUAUAUAUUUUAACUUCUGCUAAGGGUGAUCGCAGUUAUAAACUAAGAGAUUCCAGAAUUAUAGAAAUUGCUGGGGGACGAGAAGUUUUUUCUCAAAGCCGAGGUAAAGUAGCAGCUAGAAAAUCACGAUUUCUUGCAGCAUCAAAUUCUUUAAAUAAUGAAGAUAUUCAAAUAGACAACAAGCUAUCAGUUAAAAGAAAUAAUAAAUCUCCAAAUACUCAAACUAUAUGGGAGUUAAGAAGUCGAUGUGGUGAUACAAGAAAACAGCGUUCUAAUAGAGAAGUUACAGAAACUGUAUUUUCUUCAGAAAUACAUUCAGUGCGACAUAAUCCAGCAAAAUCUAUUGAUUAUGAUUCCCCUAAAAGCAAUCACAGCAAUCAUAUUAUUAAUUAUGACUCAAUUUUGAAUAGCAAUAAUGUAGAAUAUGAUGUGUCAAAAAAUACUGCAGAUUUAGAUUAUGGAUUAUCAAAAAACUGCAUAGAUUAUCAAUCAAAUCAUACUACACCAGCAAGAAGCAUGGCUAUUGUUAGUGAUGGUGAAGUAGUUGUUUUUGAUGAUAUUGAUGAUAAUUGGCAAAAUUUGCCACUAGAUUUAACUAAUAAUACUAAUCAAGUUACAUCAACUAAUUUAAGUCUUGAGACUGAAGAAUCUCAAAAAGGUCGCAUUCCUCCAGAACCUUUAAGUUCUAGCAUUGAAAGUACUCCAAGUCCAACAACAGCGUAUCAUCGUAAUACUUCGGAAUUUUUUAAGGUGAUUCCAGCUAGUGAUUGUGAAAUAGAAUCACCAUCUUCAGAACGAAAUCAUAAAGUUACAAGAGUAAUUGGUGAAUUACCAAUAGCACAGUAUUCUGAAAGUCCAAGACGUUAUGGAAUACGUGAUACUCAACUUCCAUGUCUUCUGUCAUCGCCAUCUGUAUAUAUGACACCAAGACCUGGUUUUCCACAAAGAGUAUUACCAACAACACCAAAUCAUAAUGAGAAGGAACAUACUUCUGCAGAAAUCAUCAUAGAAAAGGCUGUGGUAGAAAAAAAUAUGAAUUAUUCUGAUAAUCAUGCUGUAAAUGCCUCUUCUCCAUCUCCAAAAAUUGAAGAUGAAGAAGAAGACUCUUUAAAACCAUCAAUUAUUUCAACAGAUAACAUAAGUAAUUUGGUAUCAUCUGGUGGUAGUACAUUUGAUUAUUUAUAUGAAUUCUCAGAAACUCGAAAAGUACUCGAAGAAUUUUUUAAAUGUCCACCACCAACAAAGGAAAAGGAAAAUAGUAUUGAAUCUUUUCCAUUUCAGGAUUUAGAUUACGAAUUACGAAGACAAGGAGGAAGUGCUUAUGUUGGUCAACGAUUGGCUACUGGUCCUCCAACAAUAGAAGAAGUUUUAGUACAUGAAUCUCCUAAAAAACAAAGAUUAGAUUUUCCCCAAAAUAUUGCUGAACAUGAAAAUAAUUUCUUAGAUCUCUCAGUAGGCACUGGUAGUAGUGAAGAUCUUGGAGAAACAGAGGUUGGAUUACAAGUUGGGCAUUCUCGUAAUUUUACAUUGAGUCCUGAAACAACUGAUUGCGAUAGUAAUUGUGGAGAUCUUGAUAGUGAAGUUUCUUUAAUGAUGAUGGAUAAUGAGUUGAUACCAGCUAGUGGUCUUCUUGGAUCAGUGGGUGAUUUAGGAAAUAAUUCAGAUUCAUUGAGAAUAUAUGCUAGUAUGCCAGUUCUUGAAGAUGGCUUAUCUAGUGGACAUGCCAGUGAUACUGAUAAUAAUAAUCCAACUGUGAUGUUGAUGAAACGGCAAAUUAAUGAAAUUGAAAAAGAAAUUAUUCAACGUAGUCGUGUCAAUGAUACUACUUAUCCAGUUAUGACAGAAAAUGAUUCAGUUGGAAAAGAUCUUUCUAGCUUAACUGUUAGUAAAGAUAUUUUACAUUCUUUAAAAACAUCAUCACCUGAUUUAUUUGUUCCUAAGAAAGAAAAUUCAUAUGAUACAAAUGAGCUUCAGCUUGAUGGUUUGGAUCCUCUUGGCACACCUCCACCACCAGCACCUCAGACUAGACAAAGUGUUAAUUUGGAAAUAGGAGGUGAAGUUGAAGCUGCAAUUAAAGACAUUAGAAUGGCUUUACAGAGGACUAAAACUUUACCUGUAAAAUCUUCUACAGAAGAAAUACCUGAAUCCAAUGUCAGUCCAAUUUGGAUACCAAGUCUAUCGGAUGGCAGACGGAGAAUUUGUGUAGAAAAUAAUAGUGAAGAAUCGGAAGUUCGUCGUACGACUGAAGAAGCAGAUAUAGAAAUUGAGGAAGGUCCAGAUGAAGAAGAAGCAGAUACUGAUUUGGAAACUGAUCGUUUACUCGGACAGCAAAGAACGGACGAUCAGGGUUUUUACGAUGAUAAGGGGUGGAGGAAGCCUAAAACUAGGACAAUGUUACCACCGAUGAGUGGAAAACUAUCAACUCCUAAGCAAACCCCCCCAAAAAGUUUAAGUGUCGUUCCAGUAGAGAGCUCACUAGUACCUUCGGAACCGUUAGCUUCGACUUCCACUUGUGUAUCCACUUCUGCUUCUGCUUCUAUUUCACCUCCUCCUAUAGUUUCCGUUAUACAACCAAUGCCUUCCGAUUGUGAUGUUACCACUUCCACACAAUCUGCGACAAGUCCACAGAAGACUACAGCCAAAAAUUCUCCCUCGUCCCCUCAGAGUCUCAAGGAAUCCAGCAACAAGGUGAAAAAGGAAAAAGAAGAUAAGAAGAAAAGCAGAAAUAAGGAAGGUAAUGAAAACUAUUUCUAUAUUUCUCUUCUCAAUGAUUCUUCAGUCUUAAUUGAAGGAGUGUUGUUUCGAGCGCGAUACCUGGGAUCUACUCAACUUGUUUGUGAAGGAGAACCUACCAAAUCUACACGCAUGUGCCAAGCAGAAGAAGCUGUAUCUAGGAUAAAGGAGGGACCGCCAGUAGCGACGGAUAUGCAGGCUACGCUAUUAAACUAUGGGGGGCAGCAUGAAUUUGGUCGAUGCAGCGUUGCCUCGCAAAGAAGCCUCGAGGAAGAUGAAUGUGAUUCAAGUGAAGAACUUAUAGGAAAUACUUCUGGUGGGGGCCAGUCCGAGUCGCAGAAUGUGGGACUCCAACCAAAACUGGCCCCAAUCAGUGGCUCUACGGAGCCUACCACUGUUUUCAGACUUCACUUUCUCGGAUCAGUUGAAGUUGAAGAGGAAGGGAGACGUAAGCGCCUUAACAACCACAUAGUGCGGGAGGCUGUGACUAAGAUCAAGGCAUUGGCACCAGAUGGCGAAACACAACCAAGUACAGAAGUUGACUUAUUCAUCUCAACAGAAAAAAUAAUGGUUUUAAAUACGGAUUUGAAAGAAAUUAUGAUGGACCACGCGUUAAGAACAAUAUCAUAUAUAGCAGAUAUUGGUGAUGUAGUAGUCCUAAUGGCACGAAGACGCUUUGUACCGCACGAAAUGGAAGAAGCACCAAAAAUCAACAGAACUCCAAAGAUGAUUUGUCAUGUUUUUGAAAGUGAAGAGGCUCGAUUUAUUGCACAAAGCAUUGGACAAGCAUUUCAAGUAGCAUACAUGGAGUUCCUUAAAGCAAAUGGAAUAGAAGAUCAUAGUUUUGUAAAAGAAAUGGAUUAUCAGGAGGUACUCAAUUCUCAAGAAAUCUUUGGUGAUGAAUUACAAAUGUUUGCCAAAAAAGAAAUGCAAAAAGAGGUUGUAGUGCCUAAAGCAAAAGGUGAAAUCUUAGGUGUCGUAAUUGUCGAAUCUGGAUGGGGUUCUAUGCUACCAACUGUUGUAAUUGCAAAUCUGGCACCAGCUGGUGCGGCUGCUCGUUGUGGACAAUUAAAUAUUGGUGAUCAGAUAAUAGCUAUAAAUGGUGUUUCUUUAGUUGGCUUGCCUCUCUCUACUUGUCAGACUUAUAUCAAAAACUCAAAGAAUCAGACAGUUGUCAAGUUAACUGUCGUUCCGUGCGCGCCAGUAGUUGAGGUCAAAAUCAAAAGACCUGACACCAAAUAUCAGUUAGGAUUUAGUGUACAAAACGGAGUAAUAUGUAGUCUAUUGAGAGGUGGAAUCGCUGAAAGAGGAGGUGUUCGAGUGGGUCACAGAAUUAUCGAAAUCAACAAUCAAAGUGUCGUUGCUGUACCGCAUGAGAAAAUCGUCAAUCUUCUUGCCACAUCUGUUGGCGAGAUAUUAAUGAAGACGAUGCCCACGUCAAUGUUUAGGCUACUAACUGGCCAGGAAUCUCCAGUGUACAUAUAAUCGUUUGAUUUCCUGGCUGAUAUGCGUAGUGAACAGACAAUACAUCCGCCAUACACUACCAUAUUACUCACUAUUUUAUUCUCUGUACAGAUUUACUCUACGCAAAUUGCUUUGUGUUUCAAUUCUUGUGAAAUUUUAUUCGCAUAUUCUCACCAGCUCCUGCUUAGCAAAGCAACAACUUUACGUAAACACGUUGCGAUAAAUAUUAAUAUAUUGAAUAUUUACAUACUGCAAAAAAAAACAAAAAAUAUAUCUAUAUACAUAAUAUAUACAUAAACAUUUUAUGUAUGAAUGGGAUUCUCUAUGUCUGUUUUCUAUUUGAAAAUUAAAGCAACCAUUAAAAUAUUA